AUUAUGCUACAUGUUUGUCAGUUCAUCCAAUUAUUCGAUGCCUUUUUCCCUUCUUCCAAUAGUAGAGUAUUAGAUUCUAUCAAAUCUUCUUCCCCUGUGGAACAUUUUCGUUAUUUUACACAAGGUCUAACCCUUGUGGGACCUUCAUUUCUCUUAAAUUAGUUGCAGGGGAUUCAUUUAAAGACACCUUAUUGGAGCACCUCUCCUUCUAAUUUCUCAAGGCUGCUUCACUAGUUUGAAGUUUCAAGAAUUUAUUAUAUCAUCAUGUUUUUCUCAAUUUUAGACUGUCCAUUUUCCCACUUGAAACUUAACAUUGUUGCAGUAAUAUCCUCUCCCUUUUCAUGUUUGACAAACUCUGUUCCCAUUUUUUCUCUCAUCUCUUUUGCCCUUUAAAGUUAGACAACUCUAGAAACCUUUAAAAUCCAAAAGGGUCUUGUUUUCUUGAUUUUGACAGACUUGAAACUAGUUACUCCUUUUUUCUAAAUGCAAAAAUAAAAUAAAAGGGGCUUCAUCAACUACAUGGUUCUUGAGUAAAGUUCCAAACUUUAUCCAUUUUCAGUGUUUCUUGAAGUGGUGGAAUGAAGAAUCUUGGGGCAGUGCUACCACUGUUUGUUUUCAUUUGGGGACUGCAAAAUAAACGUGGGAACUGUGAAAGACCUGAUAUUGUGAAUGUUGGUGCAGUAUUCAGUUUUAAUUCAGUUAUAGGCAGGGCAGCAAAGACUGCUAUGAAGUUAGCAGAAUCUGAUAUCAAUGGGGAUCCCAGCAUUUUGAAUGGAACUAAACUUGAUUUGAUUCUGACUGAUUCUGAUUGCAGUGUCUUUAAGGGGUCCAUUGCAGCUUUACAGGUAAUUGAGAAGCAAGUGGUAGCAAUAAUUGGUCCACAGUCUUCUGCAAUAGCUCAUAUGAUUUCUUUCAUUUCUAAUGGUCUUCAAGUUCCUCUUAUCUCUUAUGCUGCCACUGAUCCAACACUCUCUUCCCUCCAAUUCCCAUUUUUUCUUCGAACCACACAGAGCGAUUUGUACCAAAUGGAAGCUGUUGCCGACAUUGUCUACUUUUACGAAUGGAAAGAAGUCGUUGCUAUAUUUCUGGAUGACGACUAUGGGAGAAAUGGCAUAGCUGCUUUAAAUGAUGCACUUGCUAAGAAAAUGGCAAAGAUCUCCUAUAAGCUUCCGUUACAUAUCAAUUAUGAAUUCACUGACAUUAUUUAUGUGCUAAAUCAGUCGAGAUCAUUAGGACCUCGUGUUUUUGUUGUGCAUAUUAACCCUGAUUCUCAAUUAAGAUUCUUCGACGCAGUCCAGAAGCUGAAAAUGACUGGCAGUAAUUAUGUGUGGCUUAUGACUGAUUGGUUUUCUACCACUUUAGAUUCUUUCUCCCCAAAAAACAGAUCUUAUCUGAGCACUCUUGAAGGAGUAGUUAGCCUUCGUCCCUAUAUUCCACAAACUACACAGAAAAGGGGCUUUUUGUCUCGCUGGAGAAAAUUGUAUCGCUCAGAAUUGACUGCAUAUGGUCUUUAUGCCUAUGAUACUGUGUGGGUGGUUGCACGUUCGAUUAAUAACCUACUUCAACAGGGAGGCAACAUAAGCUUUUCUCUCAGCAAUAUGUUAAACGGUACAACAAGUGAUCAAUUAAAGCUUGGGAAACUUAGAGAAUUUGAUGAUGGAGAACUACUAAUGAAUAUCUUAUCAAAAACAAACUUCACUGGCUUGACAGGAAAGAUUCAUUUCAGUCCUGACCGAAAUCUUAUUGGUAACGGUUAUGAAGUCAUUAACAUUGCACAACAGGAAAUUCGCACAGUUGGUUACUGGUCAAAUUUUUCUGGUCUCUCGAUUUUACCUCCAAAAGCACUACAAAAUGAAGAAACAGCUGUUAACAGGUUAAAUCAGAAUCUCAGAGUUGUAACUUGGCCUGGUGGGAAGAGCGAAACACCGCGUGGUUGGGUUAUUGCUAAUGAUGGAAGACCCUUGAGAAUUGGAUAUCCAAGAAGAGCCAGUUUUCCUGAGUUUGUGACAUUGAAUGUCAGCAGCCGCAAGGCACAAGGUUAUUGCAUAGAUCUCUUUGAUGAAGCGCAAAAGCUUGUGCCUUAUGAUGUUCCUUUCAGAUUUGACCCAUUUGGUACUGGUCUUGCCAAUCCAAAUUAUGAUCAGCUUGUGGAUAUGGUGGCAGCUGAUGUUUUUGAUGCAGCCGUUGGAGACAUUACUAUUGUCACAAAUAGGACAAGGAUGGUUGAUUUCACUCAGCCUUAUGUAUCUACAGGCCUUGUCAUAGUAGCUCCGGUAGAUAAUUCAGAAACAAGUGCUUGGGUUUUCCUCAAGCCUUUUACACUGGAAAUGUGGGGUGUUACAGCUCUUUCAUUUCUUAUAAUAGCGGUGGUCAUUUGGAUACUCGAGCAUCGCGUCAAUGAUGACUUUCGUGGUCCUCCAAAGAGACAGAUAAUAACAAUGUUCCUGUUCAGCUUCUCGACACUUUUCAAAACAAACCAAGAAAAUACCGUAAGCACUCUUGGUCGAAUGGUAAUGGUGGUUUGGCUAUUCUUACUCCUGGUGAUCUCAUCAAGCUAUACAGCAAGUUUGACAUCCAUCCUUACUGUACAUCAACUUUCAUCACCGAUCACAGGGAUUGAAAGUUUGAUAACAAGCAACUCGCUUAUUGGAUAUCAAGUUGGGUCAUUUGCUUAUAGCUAUUUGAAAGAUAUUCUCAACAUAGCUCCAUCAAGACUAAUAUCUCUACGCUCCCCGGAAGAAUUUGAAAUUGCUCUGCGACGAGGCUCAGGAAAUGGAGGAGUGAUGGCAAUUGUUGAUGAACUUCCAUACAUGGAGCUGUUCCUUCAAAAUCGUACUGAUUUUGGGAUCAUUGGUCGACCAUUUACUAAGAGCGUAUGGGGUUUUGCUUUCAAAAAGGAUUCUCCUCUGGCUGCAGACAUAUCAACAGCAAUCCUCAAACUGGCCGAGAGUGGGAAACUUCAAGAGAUACACGACAACUGGUUUUGCCGAUUAGGAUGUCCAACAGAUAGGAGAAAAGACUCGGAGCCUAACCAGCUCCACUUGAGCAGCUUUUGGGCACUCUAUCUUUUAUCUGGUGCUGUCACUGUCCUUGCUUUGUUAGUCUUUUUAUUUAGAAUUAUCCGCCAAUAUAUACGAUACAAAAGGAAGCAGAAGGUUGCAGGCCUUUCUUCUCCCUCAAACACCAGAUGUUCACAGGUGAUCUACAGUUUCUUUGACUUUAUUGAUGAGAAGGAAGAAGCCAUCAAAAGAAUUUUUGGUCAACAUGAUAGUUCUCAAACUCAAACAAAUGGAUAAUCUUUGCUCAAAUAGUUUCUUAUUGAAGUGGAGUAUACAUGUGACUGAGAUUUAGUGAUACUUACUAGUUAGAGACUAUAUGUUUUGUACAAAUGCCUAUACCAAUUAUGCAGGAUUAUAAUGUAAAAGCUCUCAGUUUCUCCCA